AUGGCCUCGCGUACUCAGAGAAGUCGGCAAAAGAGUGUCGUGUUGGGUGAAUUCGGCAAAUGCACAGGCAGGGCCCAACCAGAUGGUCGAAUGAGCAUUACGGUUCACGACACUGCACAUACGGGAUACAUUGCAAACGCUGUUGGUGCUGUGAAAUAUAGCAUGCAGUCUAGGAGAAAGAUGACUGCUGCUGAUGCCCGCGAAAACGCCCCAAAGCUUGCUCAGAUUCCACAAAAGCUGAAUAUUGUCAUCAUGGUUGUGGGCUCCCGUGGUGAUGUUCAGCCGUUCUUGCGAAUCGGCAAGCAGCUUAAAGAGGACUAUCACCAUCGUGUAAGAAUCGCCACACACCCCAUCUUCCGGGAUAUUGUGGAGAGUCAAGCUGGUUUGGAAUUCUUUUCUGUCGGCGGAGACCCGUCAGAACUAAUGGAGUUUAUGGUUAAAAACCCCGGGUUGAUCCCCACCUUUCGCACAGUAAAAGCCGGUGAAAUUGGCAAACGAAGAGCGGCAAUGGCUACGAUGCUCGAUGGAUUCUGGAGAGCUUGUAUUCACGCAACAGAAGAUGACUGUACCUCUCUGCAAGCAAAUGCUUCGGCACCGAAUGCUUUCGCUGACAAAGACAUAUUUAUAGCAGAUGCUAUCAUCUCUAAUCCCCCUAGCUUUGCGCAUAUUCAUUGCGCAGAAGCUCUUGGCAUUCCUCUCCACCUGGUUUUUACGUUUCCAUACACACCUACUCGAGCAUUUCCUCAUCCCUUGGCGAACAUCAAAGGAAAUACAGAAAACGCCAAGGACGGAGGGUAUGCAAACUUCAUGUCAUACCCGCUCAUUGAGACAAUGACCUGGCAGGGCCUAGGAGACCUAAUAAACGACUUCCGUGUACGGACUUUGGCCCUGGAUGCGGUCUCUACUUUCUGGGCUCCGUAUGCUAUAUAUCGAAUGCAUGUGCCGUUUACGUACUUAUGGUCACCGGCCCUCAUUCCCAAACCUAAUGAUUGGGGCGAGGAGAUAAACAUAUCUGGAUUUGUGUUCCUCGAUCUAGCCUCAGCAUUUGACCCACCUCAGCCGCUUGUUGACUUUUUGAAUGCGGGCGAGCCACCAAUAUACAUAGGGUUCGGUUCGAUUGUGGUAGACAACCCCAAAAGCUUUACUAAGAUUAUCUUUGAUGCAGUGGGAAAGGCAGGUGUGCGAGCCCUUGUCUCCAGAGGUUGGGGUGGCCUUGGAUUAGACAAAGAUCAAGUUCCCGACAAUAUUUUUAUGCUUGAUAAUACGCCGCACGAUUGGCUAUUCCCAAAAAUUAAGGCAUGCGUUCACCACGGGGGAGCCGGUACUACAGCUAUAGGCCUCAAAUGUGGGCUCCCGACAAUGAUUAUACCUUUUUUUGGAGACCAGUACUUUUGGGGCAGCAUGGUAGGAAAAUCCGGGGCCGGGCCAAAGCCAAUACCGUAUAAGCGUCUUAAUUAUGAGAACUUUGCAGAAGGCAUUGGAUACCUCCUCACUGAAGAGGCAAAAUCGGCCGCGGAAGAGAUCGCGGAGUCGAUCCGAGCUGAUGGAGACGGGGCAAAAAAUACUAUGGAGAGCUUCCAGCGGCAACUCAAGAUGUACGGCCCUCCCACGCUGAGUUGUUCUAUUAUCAAGUCAGACGUUGCCGUGUGGAAAGUCAAAGGCACACAUAUCAGGCUAUCCACUCUUGCAGCCGCAAUGCUCGUCGACGGCGGCCAUCUCUCCUGGAAUAAACUACGCCUAUUACGUCACUCGGAAUGGAGUGACUUUGGAGGACCCGGCGAGCCAAUAACUGCCAUCGCAGAAUCACUGAAGAAUUCUGUGCGCGACGUAUUCCAGGGCAUAGCGAGUGCGCCAUAUAGGCUGGGAAGGACUACAAAACAAAGGCUCAGGCAAAGAUCAAGGAAGAAGUCCAAAGAAGGUAAUGCCACCAAGCCGCUACCGAAUGCUUCCAAUGAAAUGUCAGGCUCAGCAGCCACCUCGUGUACAGGGAACCCGAGGACACGCAGACAAUCGCUUAUCCCUGUGAGCCAUGUACAAUACGGAAGGGAUAUUUCGUCAAGUCUGAUUGAAACUGGUUCGGCUCUCGCAAAAGCCCCUACACUGUUUAUCGUUGCUCUUGCUCAAGGAUGCCACAAUGCGCCACGGCUAUAUGGCGACGAUACUGUUAGGCGACUGCAUCGAGUUACUGGGUUCCACUCUGGACUGGUAGCAUCGAGAAGGGAGUUUGUAUACAGCAUCUUUGACGGUGUUACAGGUGUUGUUACUCUUCCGAUUCGAGGUACCAGGAACGAAGGCGCCGUCGGACUCCUCAAAGGAAUGGGCAUGGGUCUCGGCGGUUUGGUACUAAAGCCCCUCUCUGCUAUAGUUGGGCCUGUUGGCUAUACAAUGCAAGGCAUUAUGAAGCAAAUACAGCGUCGGAAUAGUCCGCAAAAGUUUGUCCGUCUAGCACGCAUUGCUGAGGGUCAACGAGGCGUGUCAGAGUUGCACGGAACCGAGGCCGAGAUGGUUAGAAGACAGAUUGUGGCUGGCUGGGAGGUACUUCAGGAGUUGCAUCAGGCCGUUGCAGAUACAGAUCGCUGGGCAUAUUUGACCGGCAAGGCCAGUAAGGUUGAGUUUCUGUUCAUUAACGUUGACAGAGCAAAAGUAUACCUAGACGCCCUGAAAAGUGGGAAGAGUGUUGACGACGUUAUGGCCAUGUAUGAGGCCUGGAACAUUAAGCCACAGGACCCAGCGAUGAAGAAAACCAAUUCCAGCGGCACGAGAUGUUAG